AUGCAAGGAGAAUUCCAAGAACAGCAAUCAACCAUCUAUGGCUUUAUCCGCAACUCAUAUGCCCAAAGAAAACCACCAUCUGAAUUUUUCAGACUUGGAUCUUUCACUCUGCCGUUCUCUGUGGAUGAAGCCUUUGCUAGAUCCAAAACCAACAUUCCCAAGUUUCUCUUUUACUAUCUGUGUAUUGCUUUUAUUGCUCUGGUAUUUGUGGUUCUGACUAGGUUUGUCAUUGUAAUUCCUCUUUCUGUUUGUGCUGGUGCUUUCUAUCUCUCUGUUAGCAGCCACACCAUUUCCGGAGUAGAAAUUACACCUCGCUACACCCUUUAUGGCUGCAUUGGCAUUCUCAUCUUCUUAGCCCUCAUCUCGUCUAGCAUUGUAUCUAGUUAUCUUGUUUUGAUAGCAUUUCUUUCAAUCGCUUUGGCUGUGGUUCUUGCGCAUGCAUGUCUUCUCGACACCAGCACUUUAGGUCGUCAAAAUGAAGAAAAUAUUUGA